AACUAUUCACUUUCCGGGUCAGUUUAUUAAUGGUACCUGCUUCUCAAAACAGCAAGAAUCCCGAGGCAGUGUAUACAAUUUGAACAAAACGUUUUGUGAAAUAAAAUAAACAUCACAAGAAAAAUACCAUGUCAGACACGGAGACAAAACCCUCAAGUGGAGAUGGAAGUGAGAAGAAGGAUGGAGAGUACAUUAAACUGAAGGUGAUUGGUCAGGACAACAGCGAAAUUCACUUCAAAGUGAAGAUGACAACACAUCUAAAGAAGCUAAAGGAAUCUUACAGUCAAAGACAGGGUGUACCAAUGAACACCCUAAGGUUUCUUUUUGAAGGACAGAGAAUCUCAGACAACCAAACCCCCAAAGAGCUUGGAAUGGAAGAUGAGGAUGUCAUUGAAGUGUAUCAGGAACAGACCGGUGGACUUUGGAAUGAUUAGACUUGCUGUAUUUUUUUUCUCAUUUAGAAUUUUGUAUGUAUUUUGCUUUUGAGCUUUGCACCAUCUGGAUCACACACUCUAUUGGGGCUUCCAUGUGCGAGGGCACAAAGAACGACUGUGUUAGAAUGGAUAGACGAUCUGUUCUUUCUCCUUUUAAACACCUCGCACAGUCAUUUCUUCUCCCUUCCUUUACAAUGCAGGUAACAUUGUAGUGCAGACAGCGUCAUAGCUGAAUGUCCCCCUAUUGAGAGAGAGAACACGCAUACAAUGACUGUUUUUCUCUAGACUCUGCUACACACGCCUCUUUCGCACCUAAAGUUUGAAUAUACCACCUCUGAAUGCUAAAGCAUUGUUUUGAAUCUUUAACUAUCCCACAUUUCCUACCACUGAUGGAUAUGGUCUAAUGAUAUUUAAAAUAUGAAAUGUUUUUAUGAUCAGGAUGUAUAUUUUUGCAUCCAGUAUUUGUGUGUAAUAAUUAGUCUGUCCGUGGUCAGGGUUCCCCAACUGGCAGGCUGAAUUUGGCCCGCGGGUGAUUAUUUGCCCACGGGCCAAAAACAAUAUUUUUAAUUGUUGGACAUAAGACUGUAAAAACACCAGCGAACCUGCUACAAGUGAUUUUAAUUUUGGAUAUUUGUUUCAAAAAGAGAGCUGUGAUCAUAUACACAUGUAAGCAAGGAUUGAAAUUGUUUCAGUCAAAUAUAUAUCUUUAUAGCUUCUUGGGGUCAAAUUGCAGUCUCUAAAUUAUUCGUAAUUAUGUUCUGGCCCCCUGACCACCCGUUCAAGAAAAAAAUCAGCCCGUGGCUGAAUCUAGUUGAUGCCUUUCCUAGGUGUUCUUUUUUAUUUCUAUUUGAAUUAUGUUUAAGUUCAGAUAAUUUCAAGGGGUUAAAGUUUCUGUUUAAUCUCUGGCUUCUUCUUGGAUUUAAAUGUUUGUCUCCUUUUUUUUUUUUAAUCAAGAUAAUCUUGCUGUAUUGAACCACAACAGUAGCCACACAGAAAUGUCAAUGCAACAAAUGACUCCUUUAUGGAGGCUUUGAUCCGGAUGGUUUGAAGCAGAUCAUUUUUCUUUUUUUGAAUAAAAUGUUUAACAAAAACAGGA